ACAAUUCAGUCUGCAUUAGGAAAAACAUUCACUUCUUGUUCAUGUGUCAUAUUGUAUGUACUACCCCUCAUAUCCAGCAGAGGCGAUGGUGUGUUUCCACAGGUAAAGCACUGAAAAUAGAGCUGUAACCAUUCCUCACUUCUUUUCCAACCCCACCCCCACCUCCUCCCCUCUUCCUCUCUUCCUCCAGCUUUCAUCUCUGUAUCUGCAGUGGAAGCUGCGUGUUGUAUGUAUAUAUUUGAGCCAUUUACAUACCAUAAUUAGGUUCAUAAUUAAAUAAUAUGUUAAAAUAAUGUGACGAGGCACAAUGCAAAGCAUGAUUUGCUUAAUUAUAGCUUCUUAUGCAAAUAAUGCCCUUGGUGGCAGUCACAGAGUGUAUGAACGUAUAAAUUUAGCAUUUUGUUUUAUGAUAUUUUCAGAGUAAAAAUCUAAUAAUUUCUUAACAAAAUUAUAUUAUAUUCCUUGACAUGCACAUUCAACUGCACAUAGCUCUCUCUCUCUCUCUCUCUCCCUCUGCUAUUGAUACUGCAUUGUCAGAGUUUAGAAAAUCACUUGCGUCAGAGCUUCUUUCUGGCUAUAUAAGCUGCACUGACUGCAGUAGGAGCAGCAGAUCAGUGUUUGAAGGCUGAUCGAGCUGACUGUGGUACUGAGGCACAGAGCAGCUUGUCCUUUGGAGCCAUGAGUGCCGUCGGGUUUGACCCCUACUACUCGUCCUCUUACAAGCGCUGGUAUGUGGAGAGCAGCCCCCGGGUUUCUCAGCGUGGUCGUUCUCGCACCACGUUCUCUGCCCAUCCCCCCUCUCUCUCCUCAAGCCGCCUCCACUAUGCCUCCCCCGGUCGGACCUCCGCCGGUCUGCUGCUGAGCAGCCCUGGCCGCUCUGUGGACAUGGACAUCAGCCACGCCGCCCAGGUAAGCUCAGAAGUCCGGGCAGUGCGAACUCAGGAGAGGGCCCAGCUGCAAGAGCUCAACGACCGCUUUGCAGGUUACAUUGAGCGCGUCCAUGAACUAGAGCAGCAGAACCGUGCCCUGGAGGCUGAGCUGCUCCUGCUGAGGCAGAAGCAUGUGGAGCCUUCCCGCCUGAGGGGCCUGUACGAACAGGAGGUCCGCGCUCUGAGAGCCGCCGUCGAGGAGGCCCGCAUGGAGAGGCAGGCUGCGCUGAGCCACCGGGAGAGUAUGGAAAAUGUCUUGCGGAGCCUGCAGGCCAGCUACGAGGAAGAGGUGGUUGCCCGCGAGGACACCGAAGGCAGGCUUCUGGAGGCCCGCAAGGAGGCCGACGACGGCACUCUGGCUCAGGUGGAGCUGGAGAAAAAGGUUGAUAUAUUGCUAAAUGAGUUAGUGUUCCUGAAGAAGGUCCACGAGGGUGAAAUCUCAGAGCUGCAGGCCCAGAUUCAAUAUGGGGCCCAGAUCGCCAUUGAGGCGGAGACCGCCAAGCCCGAUCUGUCCAGUGCCCUACGCGACAUCAGAGCCCAGUAUGAGAAGCUGGCAGCCAAGAACAUCCAGUCAGCUGAAGAAUGGUUCCGUGGGAAGAUGGGCCACCUGACAGAGAGCGUGGCGCACCACACUGACGCAGUGAGGAACUCCAAGGAUGAAGUGGGAGAGUAUCGCCGCCAACUUCAGGCAUGUGUCCUUGAGACUGAUGCCUGCAAGGGCCUGAAUGAGUCUCUGGAGAAGCAGCUCAGGGAGGUGGAGGACAAGCAGAGUACAGAGAUUGCUGCCAUGCAGGAUGCAAUCAGUGACCUUGAGGAUGAACUUCGAGCCACUAAGAAUGAAAUGGCGAGAUACCUUAAAGAGUACCAGGAUCUUCUCAAUGUCAAAAUGGCCCUUGAUAUUGAGAUAGCUGCUUACAGGAAGUUGCUUGAGGGGGAGGAGUCUCGCUUCAAUGUGGGUGUGGGAGGUUUGGUUGGUGCCUACUCUGUUGGUCCCGUCUACUCCCGACCCAUGUUCUCACUGUCAACCCUGAGCUCUGGUGCCCCCUACCUGUUUGGAUCUCGCCUGGUUAGUGCAUCCCUCCCAGCCCAUGAGGCCAUCACAUCCAGUCAAGCUCAAGAAGCUGCUGCCAGUCCUACCAUGGAAGAAGAAGAAGAAGAGGAGGAGGAGAAAGAGGAAGUAAAGGAAGAGGAAGCGGAAGAGAAGGAGGAAGAAGAAGAAACAAAGGAGGAAGAGGAAGGUGCUGAACAGGAAGAGGAAGCUGGAGCAGAGGAAGAGGAAGCUGCAGCAGAGGAAGAAGAAAAAGGAGACAAGGAAGAGGAGACUGAAGAAAAAGAUGAUGUUAAAGGGGAAGAAGAUGAAGGAGAUGAAAAAGAGGGAGAUGGUAAAGAGGGUGAGCAGAAAGAGGGAGAGGAGGAAGAGGGAGAGAAAGGUGAGGAGGAGGAAGUGGCUGCAGAGGAGGAUACUGAGGCAGAGAAAAGUGAGGAGAAAGCUGACACAAGUGCUGAUAAGGCCAAAGAGGAUACAGAGACCGACAAGGAAGACACUAAAACAGAAAAAGACAAGGUAGAGAAGGAAAAAGUUGAGCCUAAGGCUGAAAAAGCCAAAGAGGGAGUCAAACCUGAACCAGCCAAAGAGAAAGCCAAGGAGAAAAGUGAACCUGCACCUGAACCAGAGUCAAAGGAUAAAGGGAAGGAAGAGCCAGAGAAACCCAAAGCUAAAGAAAAGGCAGAGCCAGAAAAGCCAAAGGGUAAAGAUGAAGGUGAGAAAGGCAAGAGUCAGAAAAAGGAAAGUGUAAAGCAGGAAAAGGGAAAGGAGGAGACUGAGAAACCCAAGGGGAAGAAGUAAUGAGUCUGAUCUUUAACAGCACAAAUACCAAUAGCCUGACCUGCUUCUCUAGUUCUCCUUCAGUCUGUAACUAUCAACAUGCCUUGAUCAAUGGUGCUGAGAGCAAACUGCAAUACAAUGUUUGAAACCACAGUCAACGUUAUCAGCGUUUAAAUCAUAAUGAUUGUCUGAUGUUGCUGUUGAUGAUCUACAUAUCUGAGUGAAUGUAUGCUUGUGAAGUAGAUUAUAUUUUUGAAUGAAGCAUCGGUCUUGCAAUUGUAAAAAGUGAAUCUUUGCUGCCAGUACAAUUAAAAAAUGCUUCUUGAUGAU